CCUGCAGAUGAACACACACACACCCACCCAGCGAUAAAACUAAAAAUUCAAUUUUUGUUUUAUUAAAAAAGAACAGACGAAAAUAGAAACAAAAAGCGGUUGCGGGAGAGGAUAAAUCCCAGAACGGGGAGCGGAAAAUAGUCGGAAAAUAUUAAUCAUUUCUUCCCGCUGUCCGCAAGGGAGAGAAAAAGGGCAGGCUUUCCCCCGUCCCUUAUAUUUUCCGGGGGGAUCCAUCUCCGUUCUGCUUGGGCGGCGUCUUCUGAGGCGCAGGCUUUCCCCCCCUCCGCUCUACCCCGGCGGCCGAUUCGCCCCGCCUCGCUCGGCCCUCCAGGUCAGGGAGGCUUUUCUCCUAGGAGAGGAUCAAUGUCCAAUUAUCACGACGAUCACGUCGAAGACAUGGAGGAUGAUUAUGACAUGGACGACCCCGCUGAGGACAUGGUUGACGCCCACCACGAGCGAGGUUUAAGAGACUCCGAUUCGGAGGAUGACGAGUAUGCCCAUUCGAAUGAUAAGAUCCCAGAUACUUCGGCAGCGGAUGCAAGAAAAGGGAAGGACAUCCAAGGAAUACCCUGGGAGAGGCUAGCUAUCACAAGGGAAAACUACAGACAGACCAGAUUAGAGCAGUACAAAAACUAUGAGAACAUUCCUAAUUCUGGAGAAGCAGCAGCCAAGGAAUGCAAACCGACUGUGAAAGGUGGAAUGUAUUAUGAAUUCAGACAAAAUACUAGAUCAGUAAAAUCAACCAUCCUACAUUUUCAGCUGAGAAAUUUAGUAUGGGCUACAUCCAAGCAUGACGUCUACCUAAUGUCACAUUACUCAGUGCUUCACUGGUCAGCGUUGAGUGGUGUGGACACUGAACUUAUGAAUGUCCAAGGUCAUGUGGCACCAAGGGAGAAGCAUCCUGGAAGUCUAUUAGAGGGGUUUUCUCAGACUCAAGUUAGUACCUUGGCAGUCAAGGACAAUUUGCUGGUAGCUGGCGGAUUUCAAGGGGAGCUAAUCUGCAAGCACCUUGAUCGAGAAGGAAUAAGCUUUUGCUGUCGAACAACAUAUGAUGAUAAUGCUAUUACUAAUGCAGUUGAGAUAUUCAAUACUGCUAGUGGUGCUGUUCAUUUCAUGGCAUCGAAUAAUGACUCCGGUGUAAGAGAUUAUGACAUGGAGAGAUUCCAGUUAUGCAAGCACUUUCAGUUUGAUUGGCCAGUAAAUCAUACAUCUCUGAGUCCUGACGGGAAGCUUGUUGUUAUUGUGGGGGACGAUCCUAAUGGUUUACUUAUUGAUGCCAAUUCAGGAAAGACUCUUCAUUCCAUGAAAGGUCAUCACGACUUCUCAUUUGCAUCAGCCUGGAGCCCUGAUGGCCGAACGUUUGCUACUGGGAACCAAGACAAGACAUGCCGAAUCUGGGAUGCGAGGAACCUAUCAAAAGCAGUCCAUGUAUUGAAGGGUAACCUUGGAGCUAUCAGAUCAAUCCGGUUUACGUCGGAUGGGCAGUUCCUGUCGAUGGCGGAACCAGCGGACUUUGUCCAUAUCUUUGACGUGAAGAGCGACUACAACAGAAGGCAAGAGCUGGACUUCUUCGGCGAGAUAUCUGGGAUGUCUUUCAGCCCCGACACAGACGCCCUCUUCGUCGGCGUGUGGGAUAGAACAUAUGGUAGCCUCCUCCAGUUUGGGCGUCUGUAUAACAAUUGGUACCAUGACUCGCUGCUUUGAGGCUAAAGCGGAGCGGAUGUCGGGCCUGCAUGUCUGUCCCCCCACAGCUGCACUGAAUCUCGCAGCAUAAGUUAGGUGUCUCCCUGAAAUCGGAAUUUCUCGAGUUGACCUGCAUAAUUCAAAUUAAUAAAUGUUGUAUCCUUGUAUGUGUAUAUAAACAAAUGUACAGAUGCCUAUAGCCUGUGUGCCGGGGUAGAGCGCAUCUCAUCAUAUAUGUUUAGGUUCCAGUUAGUUGUAAGGCAUCUUGACUCAAGUCGAGUGACGCUGUGAACAUUGUCGUCGAUGAUGUUGUGACUUGUACGAUGAAUCCGCUUACUUGCGUCA